AUCUUUGGUUCCUGCACUCUGACAUCCCCUCGGCACCGCAAUGAGCAACGGCAGCAACGGGAGCAACGUGCUGCCACCGAACGGAGAUGGCGAUCACGAGGAGUCGUCCCCCUGGCUGGCCAUAAUGGACACGGAGGCGAUCGAGGACAACUUCACGGAGCACUAUGGCGCUGAGGAUGUACGCGAAGAGCUGCGCCAGAUAAUGGCGCGCCAGAAUGCCGAUGGACUGCUGAGCGGCUGGCAGCCUCUGGCGCCGGCUGAGAACCAUUCACUGUCGGACACUGGGUCCUUGCUGACGCUCAACCCGUCGCCGGCCAGCACCAACAUUGCCGAACAGUACGGACGACAGGAUCGUGAUCACUUGCGCAGCAACUUGAGGUUGGACUUAAGUCGAUCCCAUCAUCUCCGGAACAUUGACUCGAUUCCCUACCUGCUGGAACGGCCGCCCUUGCCCUCACAUUUGCGUGGAUUAAUCAAGGCGCCCGAUGCCAGCGCCAGGGCCAGCGCCAGCGCCAGGCGGGCAGCUAAGAGAUCGCCUCGCCACUUGGGCCUAAUGGGCAAACUGAACAAGGUGCGGCUGCUGGGCGAGCUGGUGGAGGUGGUGGAGUCCGUGCAGGGAGAGGAGGAGUUCUGUGAGCAGCUCCAGCACCGACUAAUGGAGUUCCGGCGCACGGGCUUCCGCGACAUGGAGCCGCUGAUGUUUGGCAGCGAAGACCAGGCCGAAUUGGUGGGACAGCCGCUGGAGCGAGUUCGCUUUGCCGAGGCCAUUGCCUAUCUGGAUCAGAAUAUGCGCCUGGACAGGGAUCUCUAUCAGCUGGCCGAAGAGUCCCUCAAGCGAUUCAAGUCGCAGCGGGCUGUGCUGUACACGCGGGCCACUGAGGCACAGAAUAAGUUCUACGACCUGCUCGAUCAGCUCGUCGAGGGCGAGAACUGCAGCGACAUGAAUGUUUUGGUGCGCAGCGAGUUGCACGAGUUGUCUGGGGCACGCAAAUGCCUGCGCCGAGUCGUCAACCAGAUGAUUAGGCACCCCCUCACGGAGAGAACGUACAGCGAGACAAUGCGCCUGAUCAAGUGCUUGGUGGCCAAGCUGUGCGUCCUCAUGCCGUUCCACAUACCGUGCACCGUCCACUGGGGACUGAUCCGCAACGAGGAGCUGACCCAACUGGCCAGCUCGCUGAGCGAGGAGCUGGCGUGCCUGCAGCUGGAGCUCUUUCGCCAGCGGGAGCAGCUCUGUCUCGAGCGCAGAAUGGCGCAGGAGCGCACCAGCGGCCAUCUGCUGGAGCUUCGCGUUGGCAACGCCAAAGCUUCGGAUGAGGAGAUCUCCGACCGGUCCGACCGGUCCGACCGUCAGACCAUUAUCGAGAUGCUGGCAGCUCGGCCACAGCAGUUCUCCGACUCGGGCUACGGCUCAGACAGAGACUCCGACAGCAGCUCCACCACGGACCAGUGGCGCGGCAGCGACCAGCGUUCGGUGCAGCAGAGUGCGGACGAGACGGCGACUCGCCGGCGGAAUUUCGCGGCGGCCAUGAGGCGCUACAAGGACGUCCAACGGCGGCGGGCCGAGCUGGGACUGCCCAGCUUCGAAGCGGAAUUGGAAGAGCUGUCCGCCAGUCAGCAGCCUUGUAGUUUAUGAAGAGAUCAAUUCUACUACUAGAGCUGCCAGAGGGUUUCA